UAUGAACCUAACCUUGUUUUAUCAUUGGUGUGAAUAAAAACCAGUGAAAAAUUGUAGUAUUGCUUAAACUGAAUUAGAAAUUUCUUAUAUAUUCUUUGUUGAAGUGGAAUAAGGAAAAAUGGGAAAAUUAGGGCCGCGCUUGGCUAGUCGGAAAAAGGCGAAACGCUGGCCAAAGGGGCAAAGUUCCAGCUCCAAUCCAGAAACGAGAAAAUAUCGUGAUCAAGCAUCAUGGAUGUUUUUUAAAGAUACCACAGGAAAACCUGGUAUAACAACAGAGGAUUUGCAAAAACAUGAUGCUAUUCAAGGAAUUCAGCCUCAAUUUGAGAAACUUGAUUUGGAUGAAAAUCACUCAGAUAGUGGUACACAGAGUACUAUCAAUACAGUUGACACAUUUGCCACCAAUUAUAGUAAUUGUUCAAAUGUAUCAUUUAGCAGGUUCUUAAAUCAUUUUCAAUCAAAUUCAUUAUUACACAAGGAAAUGUUAGCUGUAUUAUCUGCAGUUACAGAAGUUAUAAAGCAGAAUGGUGGAAAUGAAUCUUCCACAGAAUACUUUGCUGCAUUGAUGAGUACUUUAGAAGCAAUUGAAUCAGGUACAUCAGUUGCAGCUACACUUUCAUUAUUAGGAAUGGGUCUAAAAACUGUGCCAAAGAAUGUUUUGAAUGUACAAUUUGCAGCUGCAAGUAAAAUUUUCCUUGACAUUCUUGCCAAGCAUGCAACAUUAGAUGACUACUUAAUACUUAGACAUUGUAUUCAUUGUCUUUCUUUACUCCUUCGAGCACAAGAGGCAGCAGCAUGGUCCAACUCAUCCACAGUACAAAUAUUAGAUGCAGUUCUAACAUUUAUUAUACAUGCUAAAGCAAAAGUGAGAAAAUCAGCCCAACAUGGAAUAGUUGCCAUAUUAAAAGGAAGUGAGAUCAUGAAGGGUGAUGAUCCACCACAACAUCAUCCAGCUGCACCACAUAUUGCAAAGUAUUGUAGUAGUCACUUGCAACUUGAUUCUGAACCUGGUGGGAUUACAAGUGCCCUUCAUAUCCUUACACUAUUAAAAGAUAUUAUCCACCUCUUGCCAAGACCUAAUGUGAAGAUAAUUUGUGAAUCAUUGCUGAACAUUAUGACAUUGAAAAACAUGUUGAUAACAUCGUGUUGUUUGCAAACCUUACACGGUUUGUUUGUCUCCCGACCGCUGGAGACUACUCUACCUGGACUACGAAAUGGACAACUCAUUACUGCCCUUUACGAUUUUCAGCCUCCACCAACCGAUGCACAACCGACUCUUGCAUGGUUAACUGUUAUGCAAGAAGCACAUUUAAAUCUAUCCAAUAUUUCAAUGAAUAUGUGUGCUAGUAUGUUACCAAAAAUAUUUGGUAAAUGUAUGGAAUUGUGGCUUUCGGAUAAAUCGACCGUUAUAUCUGGUUCGUCGCACACAAUAAAAACAUUAUUACAAGAUUGCGUUAGUAAAAUGUGUGAAGAUGAAGAAGCAAUAAGAAAGUACAGAACCCAAAUCGAUCAGAUAAUUUAUAUGAUGCAUAAACAUUUAAAUAUUCAAUGCUUAGAAGCAUUGUAUCAUAUUCUUCAUUUAAUAGCUCUGCUUUUUCAGAUAACUGGUAAAUCGCGUAGCCCAAAAUUAGUAGAUAUAUUGAAGACCUUAGCCGAUUUACGCGAUUCUUACAAUUUUGCGUCGAAGAAUGAUGCAGAAUACGCCAUUGGAGCUGCAAUAAGAGUUAUGGGACCAGAAACAGUACUAACUUUUAUACCAUUAAAAUUAUCCGAUGAUGUAAUUAACUUACAAAGAACUUGGUUACUGCCAUUGCUGAAAGACUGUAUCAUGGGUGGUUCACUAACUUUCUUUAUAGAGAUAUUAUUACCUCUGGCGGAAUUAUGCGAGAAAAAAGCGAGCGAACCCAUAGGAGGAAAAACUUACGAAUUUCUCGUGUGUCAAAUCUGGGCUAUUCUGCCAAGUAUAUGUGACAAUGCUAAAGAUGUAAAAGAUAAUUUUAAGCAUAUAGCCAAACUUUUGGGAACGACCUUCAGUGAGAAAAAAGAUCUAAGACUUUCGAUAAUGUCCGCCUUACGAAAAUUAGUAAGGAAAGCAGUCGAAGACGAUAAAAUGCAAGAUAUUAUUGAAUUAAGUAGAUUUGCAAAGAAUUAUCUACCACUGUGUCUAAAUUUAUAUACCACCAAGCCAUCUGGAACCGACGAGGAAGGACAACGCCUUUCUGCAUUCGAAACAAUUAAAACAUAUCUUUUAAUUACCAAUAAGGAUUUGGUACAUGAAUUAUUCGAUCGUGCACUGCUUAGGUUGCAAGAACCUAAUACUGACGACUUCUUCAAAGAGAGUGUUCACGAUAUAAUAAGACUAUUAAUUGAAUAUACUGAUAGUGAUAGAUUACAAACAUUUUACGAUAUGUGUUUACCGGCUCUUAAAGAAAGCUCUAAAUUUAAAGAACAGAAAAAGGCAUAUAGGUUUUUGGAAGAUGCAUGUGGUAGCGACAAGGAAACAUGUAAAGCGUUUGUGGCACAACACAGACGUGAAAUACAGAAACUUAUAGUAUCCACAGCAACUGAGGUUGCUAAACCAAGCAGAGGGCCUCGAUUGAGAUGUAUAAUUCAUCUGAUCAAAUCUCAUCCGCAACUCGAAAAGAGUAAAUUCCUAGAAUUUAUUGUUCCUGAAGCAGUAAUCUAUUUAAAAGAUCUAAAUGCAAGGUGUCGAGCUACUGCGUACCAGCUUUUAAACAUUAUUGCCGAGAAAUUCUUAUUAAAUCCGGACCAUCUUAAAGAAUAUGUAAAUAUCGUAAUGGUUGGUUUAGCCGGUGGAUCAAAGUAUUGUACCGCAACUAUGUUGGCACUUGCCUCUCUUACGUAUCAUUACAACGGAUCUUUAGGCAUGGAAACAGUCAAAGAAAUCUUGGAACAUGCGAGCUCACUUGUUGCAAGCACAACAAGAGAAGUUGCAGAAGCUGCACUGUCGUAUAUUAAAGUUUACAUCUCUGUGAUGCCAUCUCCUGUUGUUGCUUCGACUUUAACUAAAUUGAUAGAAGCUUUAUGUGGGAUGAAUGACGAUUGUCAUAGGCAUUUUAGACACAAAGUACGCGACAUUCUGGUGAAAUUAUUAAGAAAGUAUGGAAUGGAGACAAUCUCUGGUGUGAUUCCAACUUCCAACACAAUAUUGCACAAAAGAUUGAAGAAUAUAAAUAAAAUAGAAGAGGCGAAGAAAAAGAAAAAGGAAUUGAACAAACUGAAGGAACGAGACACUGACGAGGAUAGUGAAUUCAACGCAAGGAGAAGGCCUAAGAGCAUAGAGGAAAUAUUGGCGGAUAGUGAAGAGGAAUUAGAAGGCGCAGAAAACGAAGAGCCAAAGAAAAAUAAGAAAAGAACAUCCAGAAAGGAAGCUUGGAUUCAAGAAAAUGAAGAUAUCGUUGAUCUCAUAGAUCCUGCGGCUGCUAGAAAUAUAUCAACGACACAACCUGGAAUGUUAAAUCCAAAAGGAGCUGUUGCAAAAUCAAAGAAUCGUGGAUUUAAGACUGCCCCAGAUGGCCGUCUUAUAAUCACAGAAGGAAAUGAAAGAGAUGAUGAAGAAGUAGUUAAGAGGAAAAAGAAAUCUCCACUUUUAUUGCAUAGUGAUUCAGAAGACGAUUACGAGGAUGUCGACGAUAUUGAAUCUAUUGCUGCAGAGCAAAUAAUGGCUAGGAAACGUAAACAUAGCGACAAUUUGGAUAGCACUAGCGUAAGAAGUGGAGAUUCAUCGAAAUACCAAGCUGGAGGAUCAGGAAUACAUAGACCAUUAAAGAAAGGAAAAAUACAACACAACCCUGGAGCAGAAUAUAGGGCAACAAAAGCUGGAGGUGAUAUUAAAAAGAAGGGUAAACCAGAUCCAUAUGCAUAUGUACCUUUAACAAGAGCAUCAUUGAACAGAAGGAAGAAGAAACAAAAUGCAGGCAAAUUUGAAAACAUUAUUAAAGGAGCAAAAAAAGGUGCAAAGGUUGGAAUGAAAAAUAGGAAGAAAAAUUAGAGAAUGAUGAGUAUGAUAUUGUUGUAAUAUAAUUAAUG